GUGAGCCAGUCUGCGACUUGACUUGUCCAAUAGGUGAAUUUUUGAACAUAACUCUUUGCAAGUGUUUUCCAAAGCCGGAAUGCCCACUUCCGAGAUGCCGGGCUCUAUCGCCUCCCUGCUUGUCGUACCUGAGAAACGAUAAGGGUUGCCAAACGUGCGAAUGCAUCUUCCGCUGCCCUUUACGCAAGUGUCCAAAGAAGUGCCCUAACGGAGUUGAGUAUUUCGAUGACCAGUUCGGUUGUAAAUCCUGUCGAUGCAAACAACCCAGGAAUUGUAAAGCUUCAACCUGCACGGUGUAUUGUGCUAAAGGAUACGAGAAAGACGAGAGAGGGUGCGACAAAUGCGAGUGUCAACCUUGCGGGAACCUUUGCAAAAUUGGUUGCAAAUUUGGGAAACUGGUGGAUUUUGAUGGAUGCCAGGUUUGUGACUGCAAGCCAAAUUCAGAUUGUGGGCCAGUCUGUUCGAAUGCAACAUGUGAAAAUGGAAGAGUGCUGGAUAGACAAGGAUGUCCUACCUGUCAGUGUGUGAAACAGUGCCCAUGUGGACCUGUGUGUGCAAUCGCCUGUACGUACCAGCAAUUGUACGACAAAUAUGGGUGUCCAACUUGUACAUGUUUGCCAGAACCUUAA